CCUGGGCCCCUCUCUCAGAGGUGUGGAGGCUUCCGCUGCAGCAGGAGGGCAGCCCUGCCCCACCCCCGCUGCCCUGGGGAGCUCGACUGCUGCUCUGCCUGGGGACGAUGCAAGACAAGGAGGGCGACACGGGGCUGGACCCGUGGCCCCAGAGGGGCAGCCUGUCCGCAGCUGGGAACCAAGCUGCUGACCCUGAGCCCCCAACUCUCCCUGUUCCAGCUCCCUGCAGGCACAGACACUGCUUAGUGGCUCUGGGCGCCGGGUGCAUCUCUCUGACCUUGGCUGUGAUCGUGCUGAGCCGUGUGGUUUCCCACUUGGCAUCAAAGAAGGGACCGACCCCGGCAGCCCCUGAUUGCGAAGGAGCCGGGAGCAGAGAUACAGCGACACCCCCUGGGAGCGACGGAGCUGGGAGCAGAGACCCCAGCACAGUAGAAUGCAGCGCCCGCCUGGAGCGUGUCCGAUCCCAGCUGUGCCCCCCGGCCCCGCCCGGCCCAGCAGGGGGCUCCGGGUGCAAACUCUGCCCCCUGGACUGGCAGCUGCGCGGGGACAAGUGCUACUGGGUCUCCAGAGGAAGUAAAACGUGGAACGCAAGCCGUGUCGACUGCUCAGCGAGGGGCUCCCAGCUGCUGGUGAUCUGGGACCAGGAGGAGCUGGAGUUCCUAAAGGACCUGACACAAGGUUCACAACUGUUCUGGAUUGGACUGUCCAUCUCCUCCUCGGAGAAGGCCUGGACCUGGCUGGACGGCUCCCGGCUGGAUCAGACCCACUCCCUGCAGGCACAGACGCUGCGUAGUGGCACUGGGCGCCGGGUGCAUCUCUCUGACCUUGGCUGUGAUCGUGCUGAGCCGUGUGGAUACUCUUUGGAAGGUUUCCAGGGCUGCUGCCAGGAACAUCAGACCACGCCGGCCUCGCGUGGCCCAGAGGAUGUUGGUGAUGCCCAGAGCUCAGGAAACGGAGCUGAAGGCUGCUGCAGCCUGCAGGAUUUCCGCUCUCACCUGAGACAGAGUCUGUGUGAGCUGCCGCAGAGCAGCUCAGCAGAGGGCUCCGGGUGCAAACUCUGUCCCAGGCACUGGGUGCCGCACAGGGACAAGUGCUACUGGCUUUCUGAAGAGGACCAAUACUGGAGCAGGGGCCGGGAUGACUGCUCACGGAGGAGAUCUCACCUGCUAGUGAUCCAGGACCGGGAGGAGCUGUCAAAACCCAAACUAGAGAUCGGGUCUCAUUUACAUUGUGAGCAAAGCAGCCAGAGAAUUCUACCAUGUUCUGUUCUCUCUGACACCGUGUCCAUGUCACAGGAGUUCACACAGAAUAUUACAGGAAAUCAAAAUCCGGUGUGGAUUGGACUCAACAUCACAUCCCCAGGGAAGAAGUGGACCUGGGUGGAUGGAUCCCCAUUAAAUCAAAUGCUAUUCACGGUAUCGGGUCCUGCGGAAGAGAACAGCUGUGCUGCAGUAAAGAAGAAUCAGAUCAAGUCUGAAAUCUGCAUCACUCACUAUAAAUGGAUUUGCCAGAAGGAAGCUGUGCGCAUUUAACCGGGUGGAUUGGCGACUUCUGGCUGCAUCUAUAGAAUGCAGAACAUCC